CCCUCAUAUUGAACGGGCCAAUAAGGGCUGAGGUUUCAGGUCGCCAUAGAGACCGAUGCUGUUAAGAGCAAGAGGGCCGGGAGAAGGCGGCGAGCGAGGAUGAAGCUGUGCAUGACAGGGUUUGUCCCUGGAGUCAAAGGCAGGAACAACUGAGCCUCCAUACGAAUCCUUAAGAGCCUGGGAGUGGGCGUUUCACUUUUCCUGAGACUGGGGAGUCCCUGCGCCUCUGCCCUUUAACCUUUGACAUGCAUUCAGCUUCUGCUUCUCCAGAUAUGGAAAACAUGAAUAAAAGAGACCAAUCAUUCAUGACAAAUCAAAGAAAUGAUAGCUCAGGUAAUCUGGUACUUUGUAUGAAAAAUGAAAUAAGAAGCACCAAGUAUAAACCAGUAGACUAUCAACAGCUGCAGGCAUUAACAGAAGCAAAAAGAUUAGCUUCUGCCUCUGCAGAGCUAAAGAUCAGAAAAGCAGUGCAGACUUCAAAGAUAUCUAAAGAACAAACACUAAUAAAACAGCACAAGCAAGUGUGGUGGCAAGAACACCAGAGGUUAAAUGAAGUCAGAUGUAAAAUAGAAUCUGAAAUAAAAUCCUUUCUCAAUGAAGAGAACAUUGGAAAUGAAUGUCUUUCUGACCUUAUGAAUUUUGAACAAGAGUUAUCAGAACAAGGGUGUGCAUAUCUUAAAAAUGUGAUAGAUCCUAUUCAGCAAUUGAGAGCAGAUCUAAAAUACAGACAGUAUCACAUUUCUCAGCAUCCCCACUCCCAUAGUGAGUUUAACUCCGUGAAGGUACUGGAAGAGGUUGACUUCGUGAAGAAACAAUUGAAAGCUGUCUUUGAAAGUCUUAAGCUAGAGCAACAGAAAAUAGAAAAUAGUAUUUCAGACUGGAGUGUGAAAAUAGCAGAUCAUUCUUCAGAAGAAAGAAGUAAUCUGCUCAGUGAGCUGCCCAUGGAAUUGGAAGCUUUGGAAUGUCCAUACCCUGAUUUGAAAUCUUCAAUCCUUAAUGGGUUCCGUGACUUUACAGAGAAAUAUCAAAAGAAACUUCAAGUUCUUGAUCAGCAGUUAGAAGAUAUAUACAGAAACUACCAAUUAAGUGAUGAAGACCACUGGCUUUACCAGGCUAUUCUGGAUCAGUAUCCUGGGAAUCUCUGUGGCAGAAGGACUCUGUAUCUGGACAUGUUACAGAGAUAUUUUCCUCACAAAUCAAGGCAUGAUUUGGUCGAACAUGAGAAAUAUUGUGACCAGUAUCGCUUUGCUAAGGAGCAGCGAAAGAUCCUGAUGUCAAAUUGGCAUAAGAAUAGGAGAGACUUUAUACAGAAGGCUGUGCUGACACUGGCUGAGGCCUGUACAGCUCAUGAAAUGGAAAGCAUGUUGGCGAAGGACAGGAAAAAGCAGCAGGAAGUGUGUGCUGAUCUGAAAGCCAAGGUUCUUCAAUGGCGAGCGCACCAGGAAGAGGUAGCAAGGUUGGAAAUGGAAAUUUCUGCCAGAAGAAGAGAAAAGGAGGAGGAGAAAGAGAAACUAUGGAAGAAGAAGGAAUUGUUACAAAGAGAAGAGAAGAAAAAAAAGAUAAGACAAUACUGGGCUAAAAAAGAACAGAAAUGGCAAGAAAUGGAAAUGAGAGAUCUUCAGCGUCUUGAAGAACUGAAGAAAUUAAUGGCUGAACAGUCAGUAAAAGACAGAGAAAGGGUUAAAUAUAGACAAGAAGUAUUGGAAAAGCGUUUGAUGGAGAAAAAAGAAGUGGCCCUUCAAGAAGCACUUGAAGAAGAAGAGAGAGAGAGGCGGCUGGAAGCCCUUAGGAAACAGGUUGCUAUUGUUGCUCAAUUCGAUCCUGUUAGAAUGAUGUCAGAUACAAUGGCAUCAAAAGCGAGGAUGGGUAUUGGAAUUGAAGAAGAAUUUAUUCUCCAAAAGCCACUCUUCACAUUGAAUACAUACAAUGAACAGCAGAUAAUUUCUGACCCCAGACUUCGUUUUGAGUUAGCACUUCGAGAAGCUGGACUUCAUAAAACAUUUUAUGCCAAACAGCUAUUACCUAAAAUCAGUCCUCAAAAACCUCCGAGAAAGGAUAUGGAGUCUACUAUAUUUAAAAUCUAGGGUUCAAGCUCAAAUCCUAUUAUACAUAAGCAAGAUUUUUCUUUGACUACAUUUAUGUAGAUAACAAUAAUUACUACUUUCUAAAAAUUUUUUAAAAUUUCGGACCUAAAAAUCAUAGCAUCUAUUAAACAACUUUGUCUUUCUUUUAUGAUUCUUAGAAUUUUAUGGACUAUUUCUGAUAUCUCUGUUAUGUUCAAUAGUACUAAAUUCUCCCAAGACUGCAGAACUUAAUUAUGAUACAUAUGGUACAUAUAUUAUUUAGUAAAUUGCAUUUUGGAGGUUGCAUUAUCCCAUGAAAAGAGCUCAAAAAAGCCAUUUGCAAGAAUAACAAUUUAUGUGGCUGCUACCUGUUAAUGUACAUUUCUGCUUGUUAUUUUCAGAAUUUGACUUUUUAAUUAUAGAGGUUUCAUUACCAUUAAUUCUUCUAAUAUUUCUUGAUUAUUAUAAGAGGAGACUCAACCUUUUUUUAAAUUUAGAAGCCAAUUUGGUUUACCAUGUUUACUGCAAACCAAUCAGCCAAACAAUUUCAUUUUGCAAAUUAGCCUGUAAGAAUAAAUUAGAAAUUAGCAGUAGCAUUUCAAGCAUAGGGAUAUCUGUUUUGACUUGGAAAAACUGUAUUUGUGUGGUGGUUUGGAAGGAAUGUCUUAAAAUUUAGAAUGCUGUUAAAUUUUCUGUAUUAUCUAUUAAAUAUCUAGAUGACUUUAUAGAAAGUUUUUCAAAUAAAACUCAAGCAUAAAUUUUUUACUAUUUCUAAACAAUUACACAAAUAUUGAGUAGCUGGUGAUACACAGCAGGAGGUAGUGACACUAUUUUGAGAACAUAGAGUUGAUACUUAUAACUAUGAUGAAAAUAUUAGUUAAGAUUUGGGCAGCAGCCUAGAUAUUGGCUAUACCCAGACUCAGACCUUAUUCAUUUCUUUGUUUUUAAAAACAGUGUUAAUAGUUACCAUUCAUAGAGCACAAACUCUGUAAUUCUCACCAUGUAUGUCCUUUAAAUGUAAUGUCUGACAUGACCAUCAUAACAACUGUAUGUGAUUGUCAUCCUUAUUUUACAGAUAAGGAAAUAGAUUCAGAAAAGUUAAGUAACAUGCCCUAGACCCGUUGUUUUUCAAACCAUGGACUUGGUAGCUUAGUACAAAUUUAUUAUCUUAUUAUUCUGAGGUCAGAUGUCUGGAUUGGGUCUCAGUGGACUAAAAUCAAGAUGUCAACGGCUGCAUUUCCAUCUGGAGACUCUAGUGGAAAAUGUGUUUCUAUGCCUUUUCUAACUUCUAGAGGCUGCCCACAUUUCUUAGCAAGAAUGUUAGAAUAAGCUAUCAGUCAUUUACAUUAUCUACCAUUUUACACACAGCACACAGUCUUAGAAUGAAAUACCAAUGUGAUAAAAAUGAGAGUAACUUUAAAUGUUUAUGUACUUUCUAUUCCUUUUGUUAUAGACGUACUUAUCUAUAUUAUCAAGGAUUAGACAAAUACUAUAUUUUCUCUCUUUUAGCUCUAAUUUAAUCUUAGUUCUUAAAUAUAUAUUUACUGAUUGACAGUAAUCUUUAUAUCAGUGUCUUUUCAUUUACGUUGCCUGUUUUGUAGAAAACUCUUCAGGUAUUUCUCAUGGAAAUGAUAUAUUCUGAAUUCUUGAAUGUUGGUAACAGUUUGUCAGAUCUUAUAGUUGAAAAGAUACAACUAGGUAUAAAAUAUCUUAUUUACAUUUUCUUUCCUUAGCAUAAAAUGAUAAAAGGCUGUUUAAAAGUCUAGUUAUAAUCUGAUUUUAUUUCCUUGAUGAUUACUUGCUCCUUUGCCUGUUUUUACCAAGUUUUUUUUUUUUUUGGUCUU